AUGAAACAAAUUUCGUUAACCGUUUAUAAACGAAGUACACGUUUAAUUGGAGUUUUUGUUGCAAUAAUUAUAUUAGGUAUUAUUCGAUGGUUUUUUGAUGGAUCAGCAAUAUUUAAUACAACUACGUCUUAUUCAUUGUCUUCUUCUUUAUUAAUAAAUAGUAAUAAAAAUCAAAUUGUUUUCUAUCGUCGACAAACAUGUUCAUGCACACGACCUAUUCUUCAAUAUCAAUCUAAUCUUAUAAUUAUUGAUGAAAAAUCUUCAUCUCUUUGCAGUCAAUAUUCAACAUUUCGUGGGUUUCAUCAACGUAUUAUUGCUAUUAGUAUGUAUGGUCCAAAAGAGAAUGUAAUAUUUAGUUUCAAUAGGUCAUUAUAUUUCCUCUAUGAACUUAUUGAUGAUAUGAAAAAAACAUAUCCUGGUUGGAUUUUACGAAUAUAUCAUGAUGCAUCAAUUAAAGACGACAUUAUUUGUCCAAUUGAAUGCGCUCAUAAUAAUGUUGAUUUUUGUAAUGCAAGUUCAUUAGGUAGUUUAGGUAGUGUAGACAAAUAUAUUCCACCAAAAAUUUGGCGCUUUUUACCAGCUGGUGAUCUACUUGUUGAUAUAAUGGGGAGUCGGGAUCUUGAUUCACCAUUAGCACAACGUGAAUUAGAUGCUGUUAAUCAAUGGUUAUCAACAGAUAAAGCAUGGCAUGUAAUGCGUGAUCAUCCGUUACACACUGUUCCAAUGCUGGGUAUGGAUUUCAAUAGUUGUAUACAUAGAUUAGAAAACUUUAGUGACCAUAUACAAGAACAUCAUUUUUGA